AGGCGGCUUCGGCCUUAGCCAGAACUUGAAGCAGCGGUGAAAUCCGAAGAGCAAGGGCCAAGGUACGACGCUGUGCCGCAAGAUGGGACAAACCAUGUCGGAAGGUGGGACCCACCAGCGCCAGCGUCUGUCGUCAGGAGCCUACCCUGGUACAAAGGACCUCAAUCCUACUUGAGUGGACGAAGGCACCAGCGGUUCGAUUGCGUGAGGGAAAACUCAGGUUUAAUGGCACACGGCACAGAGGACCAAACCCAAACAUCAAUUGCUCCCGCCUGUUGCUGGCCUCUUGUCUCCGAGGUAGUCAUGGUACCUUCACGUCAAAUCGCAGCCGCGUGAAGAAUGAACGCAAGUUCUGCAUCUGAGACAGUCCAUCCCCCUGACUGCCGCUCGGGGGUCCCCCCAGAAAAGCUCCAGGAAGUGGGUACCCUUGCAACAUUCUUCAUCUUGGGGCUGAUCAACGUUCUUGUCGUCUUCGGAAACCUUCUGGUCAUGGUGGCAGUUUUCGCUACAACAAAGCUACGAACUGUCACCAACUACUUUGUCGUUUCACUGGCUGUGGCCGACCUUUCCGUCGGAAUAUUUGUGCUCCCAUAUUCCAUCGGUCUCGAAGUCUUGGAAGUGUGGAUCUUUGGCCAUACGUGGUGCCAGAUAUGGUUGGCAGUUGACGUCUGGCUUUGCACGUCAUCAAUUCUCAACUUGUGCGCGAUCAGCGUUGAUCGCUAUCUGGCAAUCACAAGACCGGUGCGUUACCGCAGCCUUAUGUCUUCUAAAAGGGCGAAACUUCUGAUCGUGGCUGUGUGGGUGAUUGCUUUUGUAAUAUGCUUCCCUCCACUUGUCGGCUGGAACGAUGGAUCGGAAGUCACCGUGCCUUACGCAGCCACAAACGGAACAUUGCACCUGGAAAGUCGUGUCGUGACUAAACCAAGUACAGCUAAUGACACUGAUCUCCCCGUAUGCGAAUCAGCACAGUGCGUGCUUAUCAAUAACAAGGGAUAUGUCAUUUACUCCGCUCUUGGUUCCUUUUACAUCCCAAUGCUCUUCAUGCUAUUUUUUAACUACCGAAUCUACCGUGCAGCCAUACAGACGAGCCGUGCCUUAGAGAGGGGUUUCAUUUCAACAAAGUCGGGGAAGAUAAAAGGAAAAGCGGAAGAACCGCGGUUAACACUUCGUGUGCACCGUGGAAACGACUCUGGGUUUCCCGUAAAACGCGGAAGUGACCACACCGGAGCCGAAACUUGUAUCGACGGCAUAGUAACUGGACGUCGUCGUCAAGGCGUAAAGAAAUCCCACGAUGAACCUUCAGCCAGCGCACGAUCAUCUGGCAAGAAAUGUCGUGCCAGUCACCAGGAUGACGAACGCGCAACACGAUCAGCACCAGCGUCAUUCAAAUCCAAAAAGGGGAGUGUUCGGGGUAGCGGACGAAAUGGGACGUCUGGAAGUAAAAGUUCUCGUUCAAGCAAACGGAGCCAACGCUGGCAGGCUAAGAGGUUCAGGUCUGAAGCCAAAGCAACCAAAACUGUAGGAACAAUUGUUGGCGGCUUCAUAUGUUGUUGGCUGCCCUUCUUUACUGUUUAUUUAGUGAGGGCAUUUUGCGAACAUUGUAUUCCCAACCUCCUUUUCGCGGUGUUUUUCUGGCUGGGUUACUGCAACUCUGCUAUCAAUCCAUUCAUAUAUGCGCUCGUGAGCAAGGACUUCCGCCAAGCCUUCAAGAGAAUCUUGUGCCGCUGUCGCCUCAAAGAAGGUGGCGUCUCUUCACUCAUCAAACAAAUUCACAUGCUCACCGUUAUCGAUGACAUCCCUCCAGAGAAUGCAGAGUCUCCAUAGCAGUCAGUGCCACUUACAAAGAUAUGGUUCGCUUGUGUCAACCCUGUUAAGAUACUGUGAGAAUUUGCGUUAGCUUUAUUAAACAGCAAUGUGUUGCAGUGAGAACAGCAGUAGAGACACAUGCGGCAGCGUUUUUCCGACUGUGGCACCCUAGUGGAGUUGUGAAUCCAGCGACCACCGCACCUGAGGAAGCUGAAACAUAAGUCCAUUGCAUCCGACAUAUCACGGCUGCCAUAUGGGAUCCCAUUGUGACUCCAUCUCCACAAGACGUACAGCUGACGCUGCGAACCUUCUGUCCAGCAGUUUCAGCCACAAGAUGAACCCACUCUCCCGGAAGAAGAGAUUACUAGACCACGAGGCGGUUCCUGACUGUCACUAUCACUAGCUGCCUCUUAAGUGUUUAGAGAGAGAUAGAAUUGCUGUUUGAAUGCCUCUAGAAUGCCUCUUGAUAUUCCCUAGGCUCUCUGUACGCAUGUCUGUAUCAUUUUUUUUAAUUUUUAUCGUGACAUUGCGUUGAACCUGCCAUAUACUUUGGCGUGUAAUGGCAAGUGUUGCAUUUGCUUACUGGCCGUCGUCCUGUGUAAUACCAAUACAUUUCAUGUCAAAUGACGAAGGUGGUAACAUGUUCCACGUCUUAAAUACCUAUCUUUCUGUCUCAGUCGCCUGCUUUCACUCGAUGAAGAAAGUUAUGCCACUCAGGAAUGCUAUGAUUGUGUUGACCCUAAUCAGGCAACCGGAGGAGCCAUCAAUGAUUUCACCCUUUUGUGGUGUAUGGUAUGUCUGUGCUUAUGUUGUUUAUUCGUUUUGUUACGCUGUUGACGCCUGUUGUGAUUUCGUAAUAUUGUGCCUUACAUGAUUGCCAGUGACGUCCAACAUCUGGCUGAAGAACUGAUUUAUUAACAACAGGGGGAACGAAAUAUGCGACUCUGGAACUGUCUCCGUGCCCACACGUUUAGUGCUGAUCUAGAUCAACAUUUUCUUGUGCGCAGCCACUCAUUGCCGAGUGUGCCUUGGAAAAGGUUCGUACAGCAAUGCCCAGGAAAACAAAGCAUUCUCCAAAUUAAUUGCUCACGCAGUCUCUUAAACAGCAGGGCAUUACUGCUUGUCUACCGCACAUCUAACCAGCGCGGGUGCGCAGAUUUGGAAACUACCAGUAUCGUUGGCAUAAGAUGACAGAAUUCCCUAUGACGUGUUCAGAUAAAGAUCAUAGAUAAGCAUGUGACAACUGUUCAGCUCUCUGCUUUUCCGUGAUCGAUAUUAUGUCAAGGAAGCAACUACGGCAGCCCCCGUAGUGGCUGGAAGCAGGCGUUAACGUUCUGACCUACAUUGUCGAAAUGAGAGCCUGCAGAGAGAGGGUAUGGUGAGGUUAUGUUACUUCUAAGGGAGCUAUGGUUGACUGGGUAGUUUCCAUGUUCUGUACGCGUCCUCUAGGAGGGUUAUCAAAAGCGUGACUGCCGUUACAAGGAAUGGCUACAGUGCAGCAUCCAGUAAGGUGCCUGGAACCAAGUCACCGUGCAGUGCAGGAGCUGUCAUAUGACAGUAAACCUGAUGAAGUGUAACAUGUAGUGUGCGAAGAGCAUGUCAUCCGCCUUGUGGUAGUUGUGUUUCAGAAUGGCUCGCACACCAAGAUAUUGACAUAGCCAUACACCGAUGGCUUCCAGCUUACCAGCCUAGGCCGCGUGCACGCUGUUGGAAACAUGCGCCACCGCGACGAUCUGUAUGGCAAGUAUUACACAUGACGAAUGUGAGAUAUCACCGCAAGUAGGAGUAACGGCAUUGCCGUGCCCAUACGACAAUACGUGAAGCCACGUUGGCGCUACACGGUACACACUCUAUGGAGGGCCUGUCUGGACACGCUUGCAUGCAAACAUUCUCGUUCUCCAAUGCCAUACUCACCUGUUAGUGCUAGUGCGACUGGCACUCCGAGUGCCCGUAGUGCCACCGAGUGCUUGCACGGUAUUUUGGCCGUGACUGUCCCUUUCUCGUUUUCCUCGCGUUUGAGGAGAUGCAUCUUUAUUAACGGCACGUUAACUACCAAGUCUUUGCCCGCCGUGAUAUCGCAUUCUGCUUUGUGACCACAUAGCAAGGUGCAGUGUAAAAGGUGAUAAAUGAAGUGAACGAGACAGACGAAUAUACACGGCAUGCUGCAGUAUAUCGUUUGCCGCGCUGUCGUCCCCUGGUGUGCACGAAGUCUAGGUGUGCUGCGGCAAAGACCUGUUUUCAUUCAUCACUACAUCGACUGUGCCCCGUCGAAAGACGCGACCUGGUCAUCGGACAACAACAAUGAGACAAAACAAAGGGCUCGCAAAUUUCUUGAAUACAUUUGCGAUAUCCUGUGUUUGGUAAAACAGAGAAGCACGAUACCCCUUAGAGACACAAACGUUGCACUACUCAAUCUGUGGCGGUGUAUUUGGGUUUUGUAUGUACAUUUGUUCCAUUGCAUCCUGAAAAACCUUGCUAUAAUUCCACUAGACUUACUCUGUUUCUUUUCGGCUGCAUACCUCAUGACCUUUCCUUCUACGCGGAAUGUAUUUUUCUUUCUGCCAGAGACUUCAAGGAGUUACUGUCUUGUGUCUUAUGUGCGGAGAUUGAUGACAAAGGUUUCUAAACGUUCAAAUUAUGCUAAGUAUGGGGUGUAGUUGUCACUGUGUAUUAUGUCGCUCAGUGCUUGUAGCAUGCAUCGUAUUUGACGUUUGAUGUUCCUAAUGCGGGCAAUUGCCAUGCCCAAGCGUAUCUACAAGAUUUCAAGUCACCUUGUUAAGUGUUUCCAGUUGAAAUACUGCGGGUUACAUGGUUAUACACAUAACGUCAAGCGUCUCAUAAUUUCUAUGUAUCAUCCGAAUGUUUGUUUUUAAUCUUAUAUCUCUUACGCGACGCAUAUUUUAGGUUUCCUCGAACAGUGCAAAUGUGCGACAUUCUCAAUGUCGUUACGGACCAUAGCAUGACCGUACGGGAACAGUUAUGUCGCCAAUUGGUUACCAUGAUUGGCCCACCGCAUGCCACGCAGUUACCCAAGGGGUACAAUGUGUAGUGAAAGUGCGUAGGGGUGUAUGUUCGUUUUCUCGUGAGCAUCUUUGCGAAAUGAACCAACGCACUAAUAAGCACCCCCUACACACAGAAAAAGAACCGUUCGAAAAAGAACUCUUUUCAGUUCUUCAGCUUGUCUGUGUUUUUCACCUUUGAAAGUUUCUUCAAAGGCAGGACACCAGGAGAUCAGGAAGCCUCAGCCACCCUCUUGCUCUUGAAGGAAGGAAAGGUUCACAGAAAGGGCCUUGCACCAUGAUGAACUCCUCGAAGAACUUUAACUUCAUUCUCAUAUCUCACAUCUAAUGUUUCGCGUGUAAUGGGAUAGUGUACUGCUCUCCAGCUGUGAAUCGCCCCAUGUCAUUGUCAUGAUUUAUAUGUUGUUGUUGUUGUCUCGAAGAACGGUAAUUUUUCUGUGUGAUAUAGAACUUUCGGUUCAACUGUGCUGUUUGAGUAGGUUUCAAACCUCACGGGUCGUUUUUCUCGCAUUAGGAAGACGAAAACCAGAAGUUAUACCAUAAGGCUUACAAAACAGAAAGGUACGGACCUGUGGUGAUAUAUCGCGAGGCUUCACAAAUAAAUGGAAUUUUUCCAGCUCAUGGCGACGCGGUGUCGUACCAUUGUGCUCUUUAUGGUUCCUGAAAACAAUUUGAGGUUUUGUAUUUCUGCUUGCUCUCAAUCACGACUCACUGUACAGUGGCCACUGAGAGGCAGUUAUGUUGCCAAGAAACAGCAGUUCACUUGUUUUUGCGAUAAUGUACAAAUGUCUCGGAGUGUUUUGUGUGUACGUAUAUAUUUAUUUCGUUUAUUUAUUGCGUGUUCGAGGUGUCGUCAACAACUUCUGUGAUAGAACAUUUCUAUAAAACGUACGCCACGGCGAAAAAAAAGCUGGUCGUUUGUUCUCAUAAUUGCGUUUCAGUUACCGUUUGUUUCAGAAAAACGUCGCAAAACCGUGGCGUAGCUCCGUUAUAUUGUCUGUUAUAUUUCUAGGUUUCGGCUUGGGCAUUUUGUUAUUGCUUUUCUUUUUUUCUUAAGUGAUGAGCGAGGUCAGCCAAUAUUGGGCUUGCGCUUAACAACUCUUAACAAAAAAAUUCCACCCGGACGAAAAAAUUUCACCCUGAAGAAAAAAAUGCUCACACGUGCUAUUAACGCGGCCGGUUCCGUUGAUGUAGCAUAAGAGCAAAAAUCAAUCUGGAAGGGAAUGAUUCAUAGGUACCCAGGCUCAAGUGUUUUCGUCACUUAUUUAAAACAUUCUCACGGUAUGGUCUCUCUAUUUCAUUUUUGUUCAUUCAUUUGAAACGUUUUUCCAUUGCUCCGUUAACUUCUGCGGCGUAAUGAAGUGACAAAAUUAACUGGAGUCGCCAAAAAUCUAUAGUCACCUCAUAUUUGGUUACGUUGCAUACUAUAAUACGCUAUUUAUCGCAAGAAAAAUUGAGUAACUGUACCAUUGCCGUGAAUUGUAUCCAGUGCCGUCAGUUGGGUUCGCGUCAACCCCACGUCAUGGACCUCCUCCUGUUACUAGUCCACACGGAAUAAAUACGUUAUUUACGCAAAUAACAGGAAGGCGGGCGGCACCGCCCUUCCCAUCGCACCACCCUGCACCGUCCUUGCGACGCUACUGAUGCUGUAACGUGACAAAGUGUAUUCGUCGUCGAAGCAGGAACAGAUUCAGCCACUUCGGAUGCAAUAGCACAGCAGCACUCCUCAAAUGUGAGGUUUGAAUGUUAACAAUUUAAAACUGGACAACAGUGUGUAAAUCCUGUUGUGGUACUAAUAGUGAAAAUCUAUCGCGAUGAAAACGAAGGAAAAAAAAGAGACUAAUAAUAAAAUGAACUCUCUCUGCUGCUAUACGGUAUUCUGCCAUAAUGUUUUUCGUAUUGCCCCUUGUGACACGCGAAAAACUGCUAAGUGGUUAAAAGAAACUGAUUAGUAAAAUAAUUUCAUUAAUUACCCCAGAAAUAACUAUGGAUUUUUCGUAAUACUAACAACAUUCAUUCAUAGGGUUGACGAGCUUAUCAAAUUAGCCCGCAUUACGGGGAGGAUAAAACAUUUGCGUCAUGUUAGUUUUGCUUAUGCGGCUCAAAAUUAGUCAACCGAAGUUAUACCGAAAGUCAUCUUCAGACAUAUCCUAAAGCAGCACAUUUCACGUAUUUUAGCGUCUGUUAUUUUGCAAUCAGUGUACGUGUGCUAAAUCCGACCAAAUGCACAGUUAGGGUUACUGAGCUAGUUGGUAUCCAUAGUUUCAAGAGCACAUAAAACAAAUGACAUGUCACUGUGGCACGUUGCACGUUGCACUAGUGCAGUAGGAGAGUACAAUGACCUGAUCGUUUUGUGACUGCUGUAUUCUGUCACUAAAUAAAGUAAUGGCGCGAGAUGCGAAGUGAAUACAGUAUUUGUUGUUGGAAGCCACGAAAGGCUCGACAUUUUAUUUUUAACCUAGAAUCUCAGUGACUUUCGACUGUUGGUGAUUAAGUCACAUAACCAUAUUGUAAAUAACCCACGUGGUCUGCAUACGUAUACGUAAUAGCUGGUAGCGUGUGCAUGUUAUGAGCCAAAACAAAAGCAUUGCCACUUUAUUUUCAGAUACGUCGUUGUGUUACCUAACCAAUUCGUGCAGAAAAAAAAAAAAAACGAAAGAAACAUAACCUUAUGUGGGUUUUGUGAACCAUAUAGUGUUUGUACGGACUUCUCCCACCAACAUUCUACACUUGCUCCCAGAGUUCCUGAAUGCAAAAAAAGGAAAUAUGACAAGACGCUUAUGCCAUUCUAUCGAACAAGGUUAGAUAGCUGGUGAAGUUGUGGAACUGUGUUUCACUUUUUUGCAAAUAAAGUAAUGUGG